UGUGAGAACCCGGACGGAAACUCCCGCCCGUCGAGGUCGGAGAGGAUGCAAAUCCUCUCAGCUCCGGGUUCGCCAUGGCAAAGCCAGUUAAGCGUCGCCAGUUCACUCUGGACAAAGACGUCAUGUUGCUGACGCAAGUGAGCUCCCAGCAACCCUUUCUUGCUCUCUGUGGCUCGAUAAUGGAUGUGAGAGACUCCGUUGACAAGAACCUUGCGUCGCUCGACGAAUUUGACCGUCCCAACUUUGAGGGCAAGAAGGUUCAAGCACGCUUUACGCUUCUCACGCGUGACCAUGCCAACUCGACUGCCGCAUCUGCGAGAGCAUCCGGCGUUGUAGAAGACGUCAACGAGACGACCAUUCUGCUUGACGAACUUGCAAGCAAAAUGAAAGUGCAGACGAUGAAGACGAGCGAUGUGCAAGUGCUGAUCAACGUGCUGUGGAGGCUGAAGCGCAAGUUCGGUGAAGUCACCAGGCAAGCGACAGAUCGACAACGUCGACUGUGAAACACCUCGGUGGAGGAGGCAAAAUACUGAAGGUGGUUGCUCUCACGAAUGAGGCAAACAAUAGUGAAGUUACGAACAUGAGAUGGACGAGCG